ACGAGAAUUUGAAUAGAGUGAUAUGUUCCGUUGGGAGUGGAGGAUCCGGGUCCAGGGCCCAACUAAGCGCCCUCCCUCUUCCUUUCCUAUAUAAAUUCCCCUCCCCACCCAUGCAAUUCUCGCUCACUUCCACCUUUCGUGACACAUUUUCUCUUCCAAUCACGCACCCUCUGUUCCCCCCCUUUUUUCUUUCCGUUAAUUGCUCCUCCUCUUUCUGCAUUCCUUCCAAUUCUCUCUAUUUUAUUUUAAUCAUCCGAAACGUGUGCUUGAUUCCUUGGUUCCAUUUGUCGUUAUUCCCAUCUCCAUAGCCACCGCGCCUAAAUCCUUCUUCUGAGGGUGUAGGUGUGGGUAUUGAGGGAGAGAGAGAGAGAGAAACAGCCUUCCCCGUUUUCAAUACAUCUUUCUCUGUCUUCUUUUGGGGGAGUAGCCGGGGCCUCGGCCUCGGCGGGUUUCAAAGCUCCCACCUUUACAUCGAGAAAAUAAAACCCUAACCCUUAUUUUUCAUUUUUCUUUUUUUUCUUUUUUAUUCCUUUGCGGAAGAGAUGCCCGCCUUAGCUUGUUGCGUUGAUGCUGCGGCAGCACUUGCUCCUCCAGGCUAUGCUCUCGCCGGGGACAUUUCUCUUCCGCCGCCGGUCACAUUUCCCGGCGUCACUACCGACGAGAACUCCCUCUGGUCCCCCUCUCUGUCUUCCAGCCUAUACAGGAUCGACCGCUGGGGCCCUCCCUACUUCGCUGUUAACCCCGACGGCGACAUCUCCGUCCGGCCCCACGGUUUGGGGACUCUGCCUCACCAGGAGAUUGAUCUGUUGAAAGUGGUGAAGAAGGCUUCGGACCCCAAAUGCUGUGGCGGACUCGGGUUGCAGCUUCCGCUUCUCGUUCGUUUCCCUGACAUUCUGAAACACCGCUUGGAGUCCCUUCAGAGCGCUUUCAACUGCGCCAUCCGAUCGCAGGGGUACGAGUCUCAUUACCAGGGUGUUUACCCCGUGAAGUGCAACCAGGACCGGUUCAUCGUGGAGGACAUAGUUGAGUUCGGGUCUCCGUUCCGGUUCGGGUUGGAGUCAGGUUCGAAACCCGAACUGCUUCUUGCUAUGAGCUGUUUGUGCAAAGGCAACAGAGAGGCCCUUCUGAUUUGCAACGGUUUUAAAGACAGCGAGUAUAUUUCUCUUGCUCUGGUUGCCAGAAAACUCGCUUUGAACACCGUCAUCGUUCUGGAGGAGGAAGAAGAGCUGGAUAUGGUAAUUGAUAUCAGCUCCAAACUGUGCAUUCGUCCCGUGAUUGGCGUUCGCGCGAAGCUGAGGACCAAACAUUCUGGCCACUUUGGAUCAACUUCAGGGGACAAAGGCAAGUUCGGAUUGACCACUUCUCAGAUUCUGCGCAUUGUGAAGAAGCUUGAACAAGUGGACAUGCUCGAUUGCCUACAGCUUCUGCAUUUCCACAUUGGCUCUCAGAUUCCCUCCACCGCAUUGCUCGCCGACGGCGUAGGAGAAGCUGCACAGAUCUAUUGUGAACUUAUUCGUUUGGGUGCACAGAUGCGAGUGAUUGAUAUUGGCGGUGGUUUGGGCAUAGACUACGAUGGAUCCAAAUCCAGCGAUUCUGAUAUCUCUGUUGCUUACGGUCUCGAAGAGUAUGCUGCAGCUGUUGUUCACGCAGUGAAGUAUGUCUGCGAUAGCAGGAACAUGAAUCAUCCUGUGAUUUGCAGCGAGAGUGGGAGAGCCAUCGUGUCUCAUCACUCUGUACUUGUUUUUGAGGCCAUUGGCGCUAGAAAAUAUGGAACUCCUGCAUUGUCUUCCUUAGGAUUACAGUAUCUGGGAGAAGGACUCUCGGAAGAUGCUCGCGUGGAUUACCAGAAUAUAUCAGCAGCUACUAUUCGAGGUGAGUACGAAACUUGCUUGCUCUACACGGAUCAGUUCAAGGAACGGUGCGUUGAACAGUUCAAGCAUGGGACUCUGGGGAUGGAACAGCUCGCAGCAGUGGAUGGUUUGUGUGAGCUGAUAAAGAAUGCAAUAGGGGCGAAGGAUCCAGUGCAGACGUACUACGUGAAUCUCUCGGUGUUCACUUCUGUUCCUGAUUUCUGGGGCUUCCAGCAAUUGUUUCCAAUAGUUCCGAUUCACCGUCUGGAGGAGAGGCCAACGGCGAGGGGGGUUCUGUCGGACUUGACAUGUGACAGUGAUGGGAGGAUAGACAAGUUCAUAGGAGAAGAGUCGAGCUUGCCCCUGCAUGAAUUGGAAGGCAGGGGAAAGUACUAUUUGGGAAUGUUCUUGGGCGGGGCUUAUGAGGAGGCGCUUGGCGGUGUCCACAACCUCUUUGGUGGGCCCAGCGUUGUUAGGGUGUUGCAGAGUGACGGCCCGCACGGGUUCGCUGUGACACGUGCAGUGUCAGGGCCCUCUUGUGGGGAUGUUCUCCGAGUGAUGCAGCACCAGCCGGAGGUGAUGUUUGAGACGCUGAAGCACAGGGCACAAGAACAAGAGGAGGUUGAGAAGGGUGCGCUUAAUGCAACUGUGCUGGCUAAUAGCCUUGCGCGCUCCUUCGACAACAUGCCUUACCUUGUUACCUCCUCUUCUUGUUGCUUGAAUGCCGUUAAUAACAAUGGAUUUUACUACUGCUCCGGUGAUGAUUUUAACGCCGACUCUGCUGCUGCCGGAGAAGAGGAGCAGUGGUCCUAUUGCUGUGCUUGAUUUGGUUGUGUUUCAAACUAUCCUUUUUCUUACCAUUCUCUUUCGUUGUUUUUUUGUUUAGUAAGGGAUGUAAGAAGCAGGACGGAGAGAAUCCUCUGCCUUUUGUUUUUGCAUUCUCCCCCAAUCCCCAUCUUGAAUCGCACUCUUCUUCGUUUCUGCCCUGUAGCUUUUCAUGUUCCUAGUGUAACCAAUUUUUAUUGUGUUUAGAAUAAAAAGUUAACGUUGUUG